AUGUUUCAAACAAAUACUGAAUAUGAUCGUGGUGUCAACACGUUCUCGCCCGAGGGGCGUCUAUUUCAAGUAGAAUACGCCAUUGAAGCUAUUAAGAUGGGUACUACAGCUAUUGGUAUCCGCACAAAAGAGGGUAUUGUGCUUGCCGUGGAGAAGCGAUUGACGUCGCCCUUGCUGGAGCCUGGCAGCAUUGAAAAGAUCAUGGAAGUGGAUCGUCACGUCGGUGCCGCUAUGAGCGGCAUAACUGCUGACGCACAGACGCUGAUUGACCACGCGCGAGUAGAAGCCACCAAUCAUUGGUUCUCUUACAAUGAGCCUGUACGUGUGCAGGCCUUGACACAAUCUAUCUGCGACUUGGCAUUGAGCUUUGGUGAGGGCUCGGACGAGAAUAACCACAAGCAAAAGAUGAGUCGUCCAUUUGGCGUAGCACUGCUUCUCGCUGGCGUGGAUGAAACUGGUCCGCAGCUCUUUUACUCAGAGCCUUCGGGCACGUACUGGCCUGUGAAGGCUCACGCUAUUGGCUCUGGAUCGGAAGGUGCUCUUAACAAUAUUAAAGAUGGCUACACGGAGGACCUGACGUUGCAGGAGGCCGAGACCCUCGCUAUUGGUGCUCUAAAGCAGCACAUGGAGGAGAAGCUUACUAGUAUUAACGUGGAACUGGCUAUUGUCACGCGUGAAAAAGGUUUCCACGUCUGCAGUGCUGAAGAACUGGAGGUCGUGAUCGGCCGCCUGUAA